AUGGGCGACUACAGAACCACCAGUAGCACCAGUGCAAUGAUCCAGAAACUCGACUGGGACACGCUACAGCAGCGGCGGACCGAUGCAAAGCUGGUUAUGAUGUACCGGAUUACCAACGACCUAGUUGCCAUUCCCCGGAAUACAUAUCUACACCCAGCAGCACUGUCCACCCGUGGCCAUAGCCAGAAGUACAUGCUACCCUUCUGCAGAAGUGACGUGUACCGCCACUCGUUCUUCCCUGCUGGCAUCCGGUUGUGGAACCAGCUCCCAGAGUCCAUCGCGACCGCCCAGACCUUGGAGUCCUUCAAGGCUGGGCAACACUUCUCAGCAUUUUUAAUUGGAUCAAUUGAAGAAGUAAAUAAAAAGAUCAGCAAAUUAGAUAGGAAACUGCAGAAGUACACCCAGCUGGUUGUAGAGAGCAGGGCCUCAGAUCAUCAAGAAGAACAACUACUCCGCAGUGACAGACCAAGAAGUUCAGUUGGAAGAGAGAUUAUUGAAAGGAAAGAGAGAGAGCAGAAAGAAUUAAACAGAUUUGCUGGAUAUUACACCCUUAAGCAGACAUUCUUACCUGGCAGAAGUGAAAGAGUGAAGAACAUUUCCAAGAUCAGUUUGUCAUCCAGUAAAGUUCAGGCAAAGAAAGACACUGGAAAGCCAAAAUUUGUUGAGUUACACCAGUACCCAGGCUAUGACCCGACAGAGCUGUCAGAUCUGCCAGAUGAAAUACCUGCCAGGGAAAUGCUGAAGAAGGCAGCUUCGGCUACCAUGGACCUUGGUAGAAAGCCUCAGUAUCGUCCAGACUUUGAGAAAUGGUUUUAUUCUCCAAUGUCCCAGGCUGUGUUUCAGGAUAUAUUUUGGUAUUUAUUUCUGGAGAAGUUCCAGGCAAGUAAGAAUGCUCAGAUCAAAUUGUUCAACAGAACUGCCUUUAAUUAUGUAAAACUGAUGUGGUACGUGAAUAACCCUGCAUACAGAGAUGUUUUCUUCAAGGAUUACCCGAGCUUGGUAUCCCAAGCAGUAUAUGCUGCAUAUUGUCACUGUUUUCCUGACUCAUACCGGCAGUUUGGUGAAGACUUCAAGGAGGAUCUAGUCAGCUUAGUCUAUGGAUGGAUAGCAGGUAUCAAGCCAGCACCUAGAAUAUGGUUAAAGUGGAACAUGGAGAAACUAGAACCACCAAACAUCAAAAUGAGAGAGGAAAUACUCAAUGCUACCAAGAAAAAAUCCUCAACAUCAGUGAACUUUGACUUCCUUGAUUCAUUGAUUUCAAGCAACAUCAGUAGGUAUGCAUCCUCAGCCUCCUUGUCUCAGACUGCAUCCAACCUGUCAGCACACUCGAGACGGAAAGGGAGGAGAAGGGGCAGGUUGUCAAAGGACAACUCAGACAAGAGGAGUGGGUCUAGUAAAGUACCAUCAUCAUCAGCGUCAUCGUCUUCUCAUGAUGGAAAAAUAGCUGAAGUUUCUGAACCUAAACCAGCUGUCAGUCCUCACAAACGUGGCAAACAACCAAAGCCAGUAGACCCACGUAAACUCAUUGAGGCAUUGACUCCUAUAAGGGAGACAACUUUUGAAGAGUACGAUGAUUCACAGCGGGACAAGAUGGAAAGCCAAUCAGAACAAGUAAUCAAAAUGAUGGCCGCUGCUCAUAAAGAACCAAAACCAAAGGAGGAGUCCCAUCCAGCCUGCAGAGGGGCAGACACAACCACAUCCUUGUACAAUCUUUAUGGGCAGAGCCCCCUGGUUGCCCAUUUUCUACGAGUGAAAAAUCUAACCAGAGAGGCUGGACAGGUCUUCCUGGUACAGAGAACAGAGGAACACACUUUACCUCCUCUGGAUGCUCCUACUUACAAAGAUGUGAUCAGAGAAAGCUUCAAGAGGGUUCGGAAUCAGGAAAAACAGUACCAGGAAAUGUAUGAUAAAGCCCAGAAGGACAGCCUAGCAUUUAGCAGACAACAGAGGCAUAUGUUGCAGGAUCAUUUACGGAAACAGACUUCCCUGCUUGGACAACCCAACGAGGUCAAGCGACUCAGUGACCUGCUUAUGCUGGAGUUUAGGAGGGAUCCGGAUUCAUUAUCAGCGGGUGCUGACUUGGCCCUCCAACAGGCAUUGCUGGCACAGGCUUGAGACACAGUCAGUCACAUUAUAUGACCAAGUGUAUAACGGCAUCACAACUUCCUAUACCUGCACUCAACU